AUGUGUAAUUAUAGUUUAUUGAAUUUUAGUAUUUUAAUCGUGUUCUUAGGCCAUAAAGUUCAAACACUCACAAAUGAAAAUAUCAUUGGGGGUGAACUAACAGAAAUUACCAGCUAUCCUUAUCAUGCUUACGUUAGUAUUUCUAAUGAUUUGUGUAACGGUGUCAUUAUUAAUGAACGGCAUAUCAUAACCGCUGCUCAUUGUGUCGCAAAUGAACUAGGACAGUUUGAGAAUAAAAAUGUCCGAAUUGUAGUCGGGGCACACAAUUUCAUCAAAAACUGUGUAUCUAGAUUGGAAGCCAAGGCUGUAGUGGUAUACUUGCACAAAAACUUCCAUCCAGAAAAAAGUUUUGAGAAUGACAUUGCUGUAAUCAAGCUGAACAUAAGAAUACCAAUAGACGAUUAUUUUAUUGGCAAAGUUAAAUUACCAGAACCUUUUGUUGAUGCUGAUUUGGAAUCGUAUGUUGAUACCAAACCAAUUUUUACUGGUUUUGGUGCAAACUCAAAACCUACUGAUGAUUGGGACGGUCAUUUCAAUGGUAAGGCUGCCGAACUAUCUGGGAAUUUAUACUUUUCAAGAGCAAUUGUUUUGCCAUCAGAGGAAUGUUUAAUGACAUAUUAUACGUAUAAUCACGUGAAAAGAUUUUUUUGCUCUCAGUUGGAGCGAUCUGAAGGAACUUUGUCUAAAGGCACUUGUCAGGGUGAUAGCGGAGGCCCUCUUGUAUUAAAAAUGAAUGGGGAAGAUACCCUUAUCGGAAUAUUAUCUGGUGGUGAUGAUGACUGUGACGACAACAUCAUGCCGUCAGUCUAUGUGAGGAUCUCAUAUUACAGAGAUUUCAUCGACUGUGCAAUCAGUAAGACUUUGGCUGCCAAAACUGUCUGUAGUGACAUGGUUAGAUGUUUUUGUACCACGCAGUGGAAAUGGAUCAAUUGUUUCAACGGAUUGUCUUAA